CAACCUGUUCUAUUUUUAUGGUGUAUUUGUACCUUCUGAAUGUAGUGCAAACGUGUUGGAUGUUGUCUUGAGCUAGCCAUGUAUUACCAUGUCCCAUUAUUUUCUCUAGCAAAGUCUACCCAAAGAGCAGCAGUAAAUAGGACAAUUUCUUCCAACCUUAUAUCCUUCAGACAUGUUUAAUUAAAAAUACCCAUCAUGAUCUAAUAUGACAGGAGGGCAGCACAGGUUGUGGAAGGCUGAUAUGGCAUAAUAUACAAUUACUACGUCUACCGUAUCCAGACAGAAAUAAAAAGCAAAAACGAAACGUACAAAACAAAAAUGUUGUGACACCCUAAAGACUAACUGUUAUAUUUCAGUGUUAGCUUUCUUGGAGACAUCUGUUUCUUCAGAUGUGAUUGCAAUCUUACGAAUAGAUAUCUGGGUAAUGACCUGAUCAGAUAAAAGCAGUAUCCAGCCUCUGCUUAUUUGCUGACUUCUUUUAUGGUAACCAAUCAGAAGUAGUUGGAAAACUAGAGAGCCUUGUUACCAUUUCAUUCACUUGCAAGGAAUGAGACCAAAGAAAUCAGUGACUCCUGCUCCAGCAAAUGAUGUCAUCACUCCUGCACUUGAAAAAAAAAGCUCUAGGGCUUUUCUCCCUUGCAUUCUACCUCCACUACACCACUGGUGCUGCCGCUGGUGUCAUUUCUGGACAAUGUAAGGACAUCAUUUAUGGACGUAGUCAUCAUUCAUAGACGUGAGUGAGGACAAAGUGUUCUUAGUCGUGGACUAAAUACGAAGGUAGUGUUUGGAACAUCAGACCCUUAAGACUCACCACUCUUGUCUUGUCUUGUGGCCACUACUGGUUGAGUUGCCAGAUACACAAACAAUAGCACAUUCUGGAAAACUGAAUGAAUAAAGAUUGCAUUUUAAUUAUCCAAUACGAAAGGAUCCCAGAAGAUCUGUACUCUGUUUGCCGGGAAAGGGCAGAAGCCAGAACAACUGGGAUGUGGCUGUAGUCCCUUUGUGCUAAAAUAUUUUGAAGGGCUGUUUUGGACUUCAUGAAAUAGUGAAGCAAAAGUAACGUCUGAACUGUGACUUCUUCCUGGAAAAUGGUGUUCCAGAAGUCACCAGAUGGUGGAUGGGGCUGGAUAAUAGUGCUCGUGUCCUUUUUUACCCAGUUCUUGUGCUAUGGGUCUCCAUUAGCUGUUGGGGUUCUGUAUCUAGAGUGGCUGGACACCUUUGGGGAAGGAAAAGGGAAGACUGCAUGGGUUGGAUCCCUUGCAAGUGGAGUUGGGCUGCUUGCAAGUCCUAUUUGCAGUACAUGCGUAUCAGCUUUUGGAGCAAGACCGGUCGCCAUCUUCAGUGGCUUUAUGGUUGCUGGGGGCUUGAUGAUCAGCAGCUUUGCACCUAACCUCUACUUCUUGUUUUGUUCCUAUGGAAUUAUUGUUGGACUCGGGUGUGGCUUGUUGUAUACUGCAACAGUAACUAUCACAUGCCAGUAUUUUGACAAACGCAGAGGCCUUGCACUUGGACUAAUUUCAACAGGAUCCAGUAUUGGGCUUUUUAUAUAUGCGGCCUUACAAAAAGAAUUAAUUGAGCUGUAUGGAUUGGAUGGGUGUUUGCUUAUUGUUGGUGCAUUGUCUCUAAAUAUAUUAGCCUGCGGGAGUUUAAUGAGGCCUUUGAAGUCAGAAAGUGCCACCUUACCAGAUAUGCCAUGCCUUGAGAAGAUUCCAGAGCAAUAUCUCAUUUAUAAUGAAAAAGAGAAGAAUGUUUACGAAGAAAGCAUAAACAUACUUGAAAAGUCCAGGAAUGAAGAAAAAAAUGUGAAUAGAACAUCUCUUCAUGAUUGUAAGCAGGAGUCUCUUACAAUGAAGAAUAAACUGUUAUCAUUAACACCCAGAGAGACAAACACUUACAGGAAGAAAGUUGUAGAACGGACAUAUUUUUGUAAACAGCUUGCCGAAAAGAAAUGGCAUUUGUAUUUAGACUACUGGGAGGAAACACUGGGUCUUUUUAAAAACAAAGUGUUUUCCUCACUUUUUAUUGCCAUCUUCUUCUUUGACAUUGGUGGCUUUCCUCCAUCACUGCUCAUGGAAGACAUAGCAAAGAGUGCAAACAUCAGUGAAGAAGACUGUGUAAUUCCACUUAUUUCUAUAAUAGGCAUCAUGACUGCCAUUGGUAAACUUGUUCUAGGAAUAUUAGCAGAUUUUGCCUGGAUCAAUGCUUUAUAUCUAUAUGUUUUGACCUUAAUAAUGACGGCAGUGGCACUGGUUUUGAUUCCAUUUGCCCAAAGUUAUGCUACACUGGCAAUACUUUCAGGUGUUUUAGGUUUUCUGACGGGGAAUUGGUCAAUUUUUCCAUAUGUCACCACAAAAACAGUAGGAAUUGAGAAAUUAACACAUGCUUAUGGAGUACUGAUGUUUUUUGCUGGACUUGGAAACAGCCUCGGACCGCCAAUUGUAGGUUGGUUUUAUGACUGGACAAAGUCUUAUGAGAUAGCAUUUUACUUCAGUGGACUUUGUGUCCUAUUUGGAGGGCUGCUUUUGUUGGGGGCAGCCCUGCCAUGUUGCAAUAAUACAGACAGUAACAAUCAACCAGAAAAGCCACUUCCAAACACUUGCUCCUACAAAGAGGCAACAAGAGUGUAAGCAACAGUGUGGAACACUUGCUGCUACUUUUUUAUACUGCAAAGCAAGACAUUUUAGUCAUUUCCAUUUUUUUAAUUUAUGAAGUUAAAAAAAAUCUUUUUGUACUAUCUUCAGAUGUUUUACAGCUUUGAUCCCAGAGCCCAUUGCAGGGGUGUAUAGCCCAUUUUUGACUAUAGCACAUGAAAAAUACCAUCAGCACGAGGUGCCUCUUGCCUUCCCUUUGCUGAUAAUCAGAAAGCCCUGUUGUUGCGCAGGAGUUAUAUUUCUGGUCUACCUUCCAUCAGGGGCUCAGAAUGCAUGCACUGGAACCGUGAAACAUAUGUGGAAUUCCUCUGCAAGGGCUUCCCCAGUAGUUCUGCUGUAGGGGACUCUACGUAUACAGAGCGGUACACUCAUGUUGAGCACUGAAAUCUGCAUACACCCUGAAGCAUGCAUUGAGGUCAGAUCUGGUGCUAGUAUGUUCCCUCACUUGUGGCUUCUUUUCUGAUGGCGUAUUGUACUACAUAUUCACCAGUGGAAUAUUUUUUAUAAUGGAACAAAAUGUAUUUUAUAUGAACUUUCAUGGAAACAGUUUUGCUUUUGCAUAUCUUUGGACAAAGAUGGCACUUGCUUCCCACUGCAAAAAUGCUGGUUCUUCUGUAGGCAGAAACUUUUAAAACAGCCUGGUCAUAUCAGCCUGAAUGUAAUAAGAAUCUAAGCGCUGCUUCCUCAGAAGGUAAAUGCCUUGUUGGAUGGCCCAGCAAAAGAGCUUGGUCGCCUUAUCUGUGGAAGAAAUCAGAGGGGAAGAGUGAAGCUUCUGGGAAGAGUGAAGCUUCUGAAGGUGCUGCACUGCUAAUAGCUUACUUCUGACUUCUUUGGAAGCCUAUCUUGUGCAUGUUUGUGAAAACAAACUGUUCAACCAAAAUCUGUAAAACCAAGGAAUAAAUAUAAGUAAUGAAACAAUAA